CACAACGCGAUGCCAUUUGUUCAAUGGCCGUCUAACACGUUAACAUGUGUGUUGUUGAACUUGUUGCCAGUCGUGUUACUCCUUUAUCCUGCCUCACUUUCAUGUAAAAAAAAAAAAAAAAAAUGUCGUCCGUAAGAAAAGUAGCCACGAGAGGUUGCAGAAUGUCUUGGUGUUCUUGAACGCACCCUCGAUACUGAUGAAGGGGGAUAAUGGCUGCCCAGGAGCCGUCUCCUCCAUCUUCCCUGGAAGGGAACAAGCCUGGCUUCCCCAAGAACAUUCUGGCGAACCACCUGGAGGACAAGCAUUUGUGCAACUCCUGCCUGAAAGUCCUGAGGAGGCCAUUGCAGGCGCAGUGUGGCCACCGCUUCUGUUGCUUCUGCUUCCAUCAGCUCGUCAGUUCUGGACCGGAAAAAUGCAACGCUUGCAUCAAAGAAGAUUUAUUUGAAGAACCCACUUCCAUUCUCAAGCCCGGAGGUGCAUUUGCAGACAACGCAGCACGGAGAGAAGUGGAGGCCUUGGCAGCCGUCUGUCCCAACGAAGGGUGCACGUGGACAGGGACCAUCAAGGACUUUGAGGCCAGCCAUGAGGGGCUGUGUGACUUCGCCAUCAUCCUGUGUCCUUCCUGCAAAGAGUUGAUGCGAGCCAACGAGCAGGAACGCCACGACCAGCGAGAAUGUCCGGAGAGGACGCUCAACUGCAAAUAUUGUAAAGAAAGCUUCCUUUUGAAGGACAUCAAGGCUCACGAUGAGAUUUGCCCCAAGUACCCGAUGAUGUGUGAAGGCUGCGCCAAGAAGAAUAUCCCCAGAGAAAAGUAUGUGGACCAUAUUAAGUUCUGCAGUAAAUGUAAAGCCGCAUGCAGAUUUCAUGUUGUUGGCUGCCAUACAUCUGUGGAGAAGGAGAAGAUCCCCGACCAUGAGCGCCAGUGUUCCUACGAGCACCUCAACCUGCUCCUGCACUUCAUCAUGGGCAUCAAGGUGAGCCUGGAGAGCCUGCAACCUCACAGCCUGGAGGUGGCCGGCCACAAGCUGCAGGAGCUCCACCAGUCCCUGAGAGACUUGGAACUCAGGAUGAGUCAACUGGGCGGGGGAGGCGCCUCGGCCUCGACGCAGGACGGGAAGGUGGCCGAGCUGAGCCGGCGUUGCCAGGAGCUGGAGCUGAAAGUCAACACCUUCGAGAACAUCGUCUGCGUACUCAACCGUGAGAUGGAGCGCUCCUGCAGCACCAUGGAGGCCUCCAACCGCCAGCACAGACUGGACCAGGACAAGAUUGAAAUCCUCAGUAACAAGGUCCGUCAGCUGGAAAGAACCGUGAGUCUGAGGGACUUGUCCAUCGUGGAGAUGGAGGGCAAGAUGAAGGAGAUGUCGGCCGCCACGUACGACGGCAUCUUCGUGUGGAAGAUCUCCGACUUCGCCAAGAAGCGGCAGGACGCCGUAGCCGGCCGAGCUCCCGCCAUGUUCUCCCCAGCCUUUUAUAGCAGCAAAUACGGCUACAAGAUGUGCUUGCGCAUCUACCUGAACGGAGACGGGACGGGACGAGGCAGCCACUUGUCCCUGUUCUUUGUGGUGAUGAGAGGACACAGCGACGCACUCCUCAAGUGGCCCUUUCAUCAGAAGGUCACCUUAAUGCUGCUGGACCAGAACAACCGGGAACACAUCAUAGACGCCUUCCGGCCCGACAUCUCUUCCUCGUCCUUCCAGAGGCCGGUCAGCGACAUGAACAUCGCCAGCGGCUGCCCGCUCUUCUGUCCGCUCUCCAAGCUGGAGUCCAAGAACUCUUACGUCCGCGAUGACACCAUCUUCAUCAAGGCCAUCGUAGACCUGACUGGGCUCUAGGCAGGGAAGACCAGACCAUGUGGUGCAAUCCAUGGGGCAACCAGCUCUUAACUCACACAUGACAGCCACUAUCAUGCCAGCUCCCUGGCCCAACACACCAAACCUUGCCCUUUCCCCUGGGAGAUCAGGGUUCAAUUCCCAGCAUCAACAAACCCUGAUGUAGUAGCCUAAAAGUCAGCAUUACAGUGUGGUUUUUGCAUCAGUUAAGGCUUGGCCUCUGACAUCAAAGACCGUUGUCUAUCAAUGAACUUAUGUGCAGCUUCACAACUGGACUAAGCCAGUCAGCAGGGUACAGCAACCAUGGGAUGAGGCCGAUCAUGGAAAAGUAUGAGGAGGAGACAAAUACAUGAGUAAAAUUGUCUGUAAAAUAAGUGUUUAAUAUUUUUUAAAUUAUCUGUCACUAAUCCACACAUCACCUCAGUAUGCAUUAACAUGGUCACUCUGCAUUAACCAGGCCUUGAACUCACAACUUCAAACUGUAUCCCUAGAUCACCUGACUUGUAACAAACUUUCAAAAGCCUUUGUCCAGUGAGUCGUAUAGCUCACUUAGAUGCCCCAGAAAGAGGGGUUAUAUCCUUGCUGCAGGGACCACCUUGCUAGUUCUUUGCUGUGUGUCAUUUCCUCCUGAAGAAGGGAGUAGUUUAACUAAACUAAAUAAACACAAUUAUAACUGCUGCGCAGCGAUGGGUCGGGUCCGGGCGAUUUUUGGCAAAUCAAGGCAAUUCUGAGCAACAAACAGGAGAACAGGAAGGCAACACAGUUGAAAUUAUAAAGUUCCUUUUGCACCAGUUGAGGCUAAAAUCCACAACAAUAGAACCAAAGACUGUGGUCUAUCAUGCUGAGCUAAUUGGCAAGUGACAAUUCAACAGUGGCUUCACAAAUUGAUUAAGCCAUUCACUGUUGUGCAUGCAGAUUUGAAACCGCUGUAAAUAUAUCAGUUAUCAAGACAAAAAUCUGAAAAUACACAUAUUGCAUCCAGACAGAAUGGAGAUAUUGGUAAUUUGAUUUUUUUAAUUGAUUCGAAUUGCUCCAUAAGUUAAUAACUGAUGUUUAAUCUAUCAUGACUCUAAAAUGUAUAUGUUUGCUUCACAAAGACCAUCUGGCAUUUUCAUGAGCUGUCAUCACCACCUUUGUCAGGGAUUGAACCCAGGUUCUUUGGCACCAAGAACCAGCUCCUAAAUCACUGAGCUAUUUCUCAAACGGAAUCACUAGCCAGACAGCAGUUGUCAAGGCAGAUUUCAAAAAUGGUCCUCCCAGUCACAGCUAAUCUUUGCCUGAGUCAACAAGAUUUGCUGAUGAAGAUCUUGCUUUCUUAUAAUUAAUGGUUGUGGAAAUAAAUUGGUAACAGAACAUUUCAGUUAUAGGACUGCCAUUAUUUGUAUGUCUGAUCAGAAUGUGUAAGGUAAUAGACUAGUAUGGUGGACCUGAUGACUGAAGGCAGCCAGCUGGUUAGCUCAGUCACUAUUGCCAGUGACUUUAGACUGGGUGGCAGGUGUUCAAAUCCCAAGAUGGGCAGUUAUGUUACAGUUUGAUCAACAGGAUCUGGGGAAGAAGAGUUUGCUUUAAAAUAAACAAAAAAAUUGUAUAUGAAAAGUAUUUGUAUCAGUAGUCACAAGGAAAUGUAUUUUGCACCAUUAUUAGCAAAUGUUAUCAGGAAGUAUGUCCCUGGUGACACAGGAUCUUACCCAUGCUUUCAACAAUCCCUGAAGAACUCUUUCUUCCAAAAACGGUUCUCUGGAUCAAAAUAGUUCUUACUGGAACCCUUAGUGUUAGUGAGAACCCUUUUAAAACCAAUUAUUCAGAAAAGGGGUUUUAAAGGGUUCUCUGGAUCAAAAUGGUUCUUACUGGAACCAUUAGCGUUACCAAGAACCCUUGAAAAACCCUUUCUUCGGGAAAGGGUUUUUCAGAAGCAAAUGGUUCCAGUUAGAACCUCAGCCCUUGUAGAAGAACCCUUUUGGAACCCUUAUUUCUAAGAGUGUAGGACGGGUUCGUUAAAGUAGGACCCCUGUUUUUCGCUGAAAAAUGGCCAAAAACCAUCGGAUCAAAGUUUGGCGCCAUGCCACGGCCACAUCUUAUGGCGUAAGUAAAAUUCCUUUGAGGUUCAUCAUUGUACAUCUGUCUAGUAUCUGUCAUGAAAACCACGGUUUGUUUGGUCCAAGUCCCUAGGACGAGUUCGUUAAAGUAGGACCCCUGUUUUUCGCUGAAAAAUGGCCAAAAACCAUCGGAUCAAAGUUUGGCGCCAUGCCACGGCCACAUCUUAUGGUGUAGGUAAAAUUCCUUUGAGGUUCAUCAUCAUCCAUCUCUAUAGUAUUCGUCAUUAAAACCGCGGUUUGUUUGGUCCAAGUCCCUAGAAUGAGUUCGUUAAAGUAGGACCCCUGUUUUUCGCUGAAAAAGGGCCAAAAACCAUUGGAUCAAAGUUUGGCGCCAUGCCAAGCCCACAUCUUAUGGCGUAGGCGAAAUUUCUCUGAGGUUCAUCAUCGUCCAUCUCUCUAGUAUCCGUCAUUAAAUCCGCGGUUUGUUUGGUCCAAGUCCCUAGGAUGAGUUCGUUAUAAUAGGAACCCUGUUUUUUGCUGAUAAUUGGACAAAAACCAUCAGAUCAAAGUUUGGCGCCAUGCUACGCCCACAUCUUAUGGCGUAGAAAAAACUCCUUUGAGGUUCAUCAUCGUCCAUCUGUCUAGUGUCCGUCAUUUAAACCACGGUUUGUUUGGUCCAAGUCCCUAGGACGAGCUCGUUAAAGUGGGACCCCUGUUUUCAACCUAAAAACGGCCGACGGAAACCAAGAUGGCCGACUUCCUGUUUGUCUUUAAAUAUUUUUACGUGCACUCUGUCAUGAUUGCGAUUUUCCUGAAUCUCAUUUUCAAGGGGGCGCUAAGGAGUGAAUUUAGAAAUUUUGCGCUCGGGACCCCAAAAUAGCGAAUCUCUCGCCAGACUUGGGCCGUUUUCAGAAAUGCCUUUGAAGCUGGAGAAUGAUAAUAAUAAAGCCAUUUUUGAUAAAGCCUUCACAGAUUUUUGUGUUGAAUCCUUCCAAAAUCUUUAUACCCAAAUGAAGCAAACAACAGAGUUCAGUAGUUGUCCACAAGGUGGCAGUGUUUACUUCCCCUUCCCCUCAGAUGAUUAGAAAGGCUUAUUUGACACUUUUAUUUUGAAAGAAUGCUGUCUGAAUAAAUAUGUGUCACAUAUCAAGUUAAGAAUGGGUUCCAUCUUUAUGUGGUUUUUUAACAUGAACUGAAUUUAACGAAAUAGUUCAAGCAGCGUGUGUCGGUUCUAAAAAGCGUCACUUUUUCGACGUACUCUGGAUGUUUUUUGUGUCAAAAUGUGUAGCAGCAAACGUGUAAUUGUCGUACUUUGUACUCAUGACUCUAAUGAUCCACUAUUUGCGGAAGUGCCUGUAACUUUUUGUUGAAUUUUAAAGUCAAAAUACAACUUAACUGCUUUUAUUUUGAAAGGGUCUGUUUGCAACCCUUGAAGGAACUGCUAACUUUCUUGCUUUUUUUUUUGUGUGGUAAGCAUGAUAUCCCACCCUCUAACCGCUGUGAGCGCCUCCACCAGCGCUGCCCAAACUUUUACCACUGAGGGCCACACACUGACAAAUUAAAGGAUGCGGGGGCCACUUGAGUAGUUUUCACUUCUAAAACCGGUACAAUAUAGGGAUUUUUUCCUAAAAAUUUCGGGAGAAAUUUUGUGUGAAUGCUAAAGAACUGAAAUGCUAACAGUUAGCAUGCUAACCAGAUGGCAAAUAUGAGCAACAUUAGCUCAAAAAGCUAGCAUGCUAACAGCACUAUGCUAACAAUAGUUACCAUUAGUGAAAUACCAAAAUAGAUGAUGCUGAGGUGUAUACUUGUAAGACAGCUAAAAAAAAUAAAUAGCAUGCUAACGUUAGCAUGCUAAAAUGCUAACUGUAAGGUGUCAAGUACCAAAAUAUAUUACUCAGGUGUGUAACUGGAAAAAAAACUUAGAUUUUAGGAUGCUAACAUUAGCACACAUCAAGCAAAUUAGCUAAAAACAAGUUGGCGUCCCAACAUAACAUGCCAACAGGUAUCAUGUUUGAUGUUGAUGUGUAUACCUGCAAAAUUAGCAUGAUAAUGUCAACAUGCUAAAAUGCAAACUGACUCGUGUCAAGUAUCUGAGGGGUGUACCUGGAAAAAUGAGCUGUAUAUCUACAAAAAAAGAUAGCAUAUUAACAUUAGCAUGGUAUCAUUUGUGAAGUAACAAAAAAUUUGACGAUGCAAAUUUUGCAAAAAAAGCUAGCAUCCAUCCAUCCAUCCAUCUUCUUCCGCUUAUCCGAGGUCGGGUCGCGGGGGCAGCAGCCUAAGCAGGGAAGCCCAGACUUCCCUCUCCCCAGCCACUUCGUCCAGCUCUUCCUGUGGGACCCCGAGGCGUUCCCAGGUCA